CUUCCGGGUUUUACCUUCGUAGGGUUUUAGGAGUAUCAGAAACAUCCGUCACGGACACGGGCCAAGCCAACUUAGCAACCCUCGAUCCAUUCAUUUCGCCAUGUCCGAUGAUGAAGAUGUCGAACAGUUUGAAACUGCCGAUUCCGGCGCCUCCACGACGAUCCCGAUGCAAGCGGGUAACGUCCGUAAGGGAGGUUUUAUGGUGAUCAAGGGCCGCCCCACUAAGGUCAUCGAUGUGACGACUUCGAAGACUGGAAAACACGGCCACGCCAAGUGUCACUUCACAGCCACCGAUAUUUUCACCGGAAAGAAGAUGGAAGAGCUCGUACCUUCUUCCCACAACUUAGAGGUGCCAAUAGUCUCGCGCGAAGACUACACCCUAGUCGAUCUGAACGACGAGGGCUUUCUUGGUCUCAUGGAUGACUCGGGAAAUGUCCGAGAGGAUCUGAAGCUUCCCAGUGGCCACGACGAUGCCGAAGCUCUUGCCAGACAGAUACAGGCGCAAUGGGACGAAGGAAAAGAACUCGUCCUCACUGUUUUGAAAUCGAUGGGCGAGGAGCAGGUCAAUGCAACCAAGGAAGCACCGAAGCAAGAUUAAUAACAUAUCGAACAGAUCAACGAGUUGAGCCGAAGACAGCUCCCGGUAACCUGGAAUUUGAUUGACGCAUGGUGUUGGUUGGCCUACGCCACGUCACCCGCACAACUUCGACGGCGCUUUUGAACACGCCUGCCUAAGACAUAUCGGCGUCUUCAUCAUGCGGUAGACAAACUUUCGGCACCGUGAACCGGGACCAGAAAAAGUUGUCUGAAGUCCACUGGUUUCUCUACAUCAUCUUCAUAUUUUAUACGACCCAAAAAGUAGGGUUAACUU